AAUAUGGUUGAUACCAACACCACCUAUGAGAAUAUACACUUCAUAAGAAGCCCUGAAGAAUGGCAAGAAAAGGCUGAGAUUGCUAAACGCAAUCUGCAAGUCAAUAAUGAUUCGUACAGAUAUGCAAGUGCCCUCAGGGACAUUCAGGAGCCAUCGGAAUUGGUUUGCGAAGAGCAUAAGGAUUUGGAACCUAUUUACAUGAAUACACGUCCAGUGUCUGUUGUAAAUCAGCCACCGCCACCAAUUGAACGAGCAGUGCCCACUCAGCCACCGCAAUUACCAAUUAGACCAAAGAUCAAACAAAAUGAAAAAGGACCCGCUACACCUCCAAAACCACCUGUUAAGCCGAAACCUAAAAAUAGGAAAACGUUGGCUUGUGGAAAUAUUGACGACUCUGUAAGGGAGUUGGUGCGGCAGCAAGGAAAAACAGUAACAAUUAACAUCCCAAGGGAUAUAUUGAUUAACAACAAGAUCAAGUUAGCCGAAAUCAACAACGGAAUUUGGUUUGGUGGUUUUGAGUAUGACUGUCCGGAAAAAACUCUGUCAGACUGCAUUCUGUUCGGUGAUCAACUAGUUGUUAUCAACGAUCAGUGGCUAAAUUCUGCCAAGUUUGCAGGCAACAUCAUCCAAACAGCUCGCAGACAAGAGGUUUCGUUGUAUGUGAAACGAUUGCCACAUGCGCAGAUAAUAACUAUUCACCGCGAAUAUGAACAGCAACGAUUGGGCUUAGAAUGUCACAGGCGAGAGAUAACUAACGUUAGUGCAGAUGAGAUAGCGUCGACUCAAGGGAGGCUCAGACCAGAGGCUACAGGAAUUUCAGGGAUGAAUUGUAAUUGGACAAUCACACACCUGAAUUCUAGUCCAAUUCCACCAAACAUUACAACAGAAAUGAUGGAAGAAAAACUCAAAAUGGCCGGUAAGACAGUACAUUUGAUUGUGCAACCUACAGACUUUGUAAAGGAAAUUACAAGCCUGGAAUGAAUCACCUUUAAACUGACAAGGACCUUUCCAUUAAGCCCAGCCCCUCGCAUGAAGUAUCAUAAAAUGACAGCAUAUACGUAGGUCCUGAUUGGCCAGCUGCAUUAAUUUUUAGAACAUUCACACAUACAUACAGACUAUAUUUGUUUUGAGCAAACAAAAAAUAAUCUUGUGCCAUUAGCGUAUAGGUCCUUUUUGUGUCUACUGUCCAAUGGGGGCUGUAGACACUCAACUAUUGUCUCACUUGUCGUGAAAAAGUAAAUCCGGUUGGAGGAAUGAAUAGGAUGCGUCAUAAACUAAAGAUAAAAAUGAACAGUCGACCAUGAUAAGCCUACGAAAUGAUGUCAUAUCUAGACACGACUGUCCUAGAAGAAGAAAAAGUAAACAGUUUGUUACUUGUACAACUAUUCAAGUGAAUUGUCAACACAGAAAUUUAGCAGCCAGAAACAAACUAUGUAGAUACGCUCCUACGCUAGGAGCCUAUUUUUAUUGUGUACUGUA